AUGUCGCGCGUGCCGUGCAUUCGAAAAAUGGCCGACAGCGUGGAUGGUGUGAACAGCACGUCGUCCGGGAAAGAAGUGAGAGGCACGCUUUCCGAUGGUCCGGUUACCGAUCCAGCAUCCAGUAUGAAGAGCCUAGAGGCAUCAAAUAAUGCCUUUCACGGCGCGAGAACAAAAUUAGACUCCAAGUCUGGAGCAUUGAAGAAGUCCAGUCGCUACCGGAGCCGCUCUUUGUCAGCUAGCAGCACUGACAGUUACAGUUCUGCCUCUUAUACAGGAAGCUCGUCCGACGAGGAUGACGUUUCACCGCGCGAGAAGAUCCAGAAGACAGAGAAGGGCUUCACGGAUUUCUGCGUGCGUAACAUCAAUCAACAAGCUUUCGGCCGCAGAGAGAUCGAGAUCGCCGAACAGGAGAUGCCGGGAAUCAUGGCAUUGCGGAAACGCGCGGGGGACGACAAGCCGUUGAAAAACGCCAAGAUUGUGGGAUGCACUCAUAUCAACGCGCAGACUGCCGUUCUGAUUGAAACACUGGUGGAACUCGGCGCGCAAGUGCGAUGGGCGGCGUGCAACAUUUAUUCCACACAGAACGAGGUAGCCGCGGCGUUGGCGUACGCCGGAUAUCCGGUUUUUGCGUGGCGUGGUGAAACUGAGGAAGAUUUCUGGUGGUGCAUCGAUAAAUGCGUGGCGGCUGAAAAUUGGCAGCCUAAUAUGAUACUGGACGACGGCGGUGAUGCUACUCACUUGAUGCUCAAGAAAUAUAACGCCAUGUUCAAAAUGAUCCAAGGAAUUGUCGAGGAGAGUGUCACAGGUGUACAUAGAUUAUAUCAAUUGUCAAAAGCAGGAAAAUUAUCUGUUCCCGCGAUGAAUGUGAAUGAUAGUGUAACUAAAACGAAAUUCGAUAAUCUCUAUAGUUGCCGCGAGAGCAUCAUUGAUAGUUUGAAAAGAUCGACUGACAUCAUGUUUGGAGGGAAGCAAGUUGUUAUAUGCGGUUAUGGAGAAGUCGGGAAGGGGUGUUGUCAAGCUCUCAAAGGCUUAGGCUGUAUCGUGUAUAUUACCGAAAUCGAUCCCAUAUGCGCCUUGCAGGCCAGCAUGGACGGCUUCAGAGUGAUGAAGCUCAAUGAAGUCAUUCGAAAUGUAGACAUUGUUAUUACAGCGACGGGCAAUAAAAAUGUGGUCACGCGCGAGCACAUGGACAAAAUGAAGAACGGAUGCGUCGUGUGCAACAUGGGCCAUAGCAACACGGAGAUAGACGUCAACAGUUUACGCACGCCCGAUUUGACUUGGGAGAAAGUCAGAUCGCAAGUGGACCAUGUUAUUUGGCCGGACGGUAAGCGCAUCGUUUUGCUAGCAGAAGGUCGUUUAGUGAAUCUGUCAUGCUCAAGUAUUCCAUCCUUUGUGGUGUCGAUUACUGCCGCUACACAAGCGUUAGCCCUCAUCGAACUAUUUAACGCGCCACCAGGACGAUACAAGAGCGACGUUUAUUUGCUGCCGAAAAAAAUGGAUGAAUACGUAGCGUCAUUACAUUUACCCACUUUCGACGCACAUCUGACGGAAUUGACAGAUGAACAAGCAAAGUAUAUGGGUCUUAAUAAAGCGGGUCCGUUCAAGCCUAAUUAUUAUCGCUACUAAAAAACCAUUGGACGAGUAAUGUGGCAUUGACUAGCACGUGCGACACUCACUCAGCAUUACACACUUUUACAGUAUUAAAAAAAAGAAAUAGAAAAAACGAGCCAUCCUUCCUUGACUUUGUGCCGAAGCUGGCUUUCUUUUUUCCACUGAUAUCUCUUUCGUAAAAUCAAUAAGAGACUUUUAUUUAUGGUUCAACCUUCGUAGAGAGAUCCGCGCGACGUGAUUCCGCUAUGUUAUCGCUAAUCAUCCGCAAGGAAUGCGUUAAUAAUGUUAUACUGAACACACUGAUCCAAUAAGUUACCCAAUAAUCGAUAUUAGAAACCAUUACCAGGGCUGGACAAAAUGCAUUUGAGAAAACAAAAGUUCAUUGUUUUUUGAACAACAUAUCAAAGACGUUUUUCCUUCUCUAACACAUGUAUCUCUGUCUAGUCCUGGAAUUUACAUAACUGAAUUUAUAUCCAACUAACUCUUGUAACAGUUUUCUUCUUAAAAAUGCGCGAGUGUAGAACCUGCAUUUGUCAAGUUAAACAAAGAGAGAAAGAGGAAAAAGAGAAGCUUUCUCUAAAAAGUUGCCAGAUUGUACACGCCAAUAAACCCACACAUAAAAAAUCGUUGGUUGAAUACUGUUGUAGAUAUAAAUGCGAGUCAUGUAUAGUUUGCAAACCGAAGAGGUAAUUGAAAUUGUAUCUGUCCAUUAGUUACUACCUGCAGUAAGUUAUAGCAUUAUAGUUUGUAAAUGAUGCAAACAUUUUAAUAUAGUAAUGUGAGACUUGUAUACGUAUGAUAUCUGAUAAUGGAUUUGCAUAGGGUUUAAAAGAAAGACCGAGAGGAUUAAACAAGAAUAUAUUGUUUGGCCAGUUCAAUGCUUCCUUUCGGUCGAAAAUUUUUCCACAGUUAUAACAUUACACCUUUCAAUUUUUCUUUUAACAUCCCGCGCGAACGUUACACACAAGUUCACAUACGUAUACAAGUUUGAGUUUUUCUUAGUGCGUGCAGAUGAUGCAUGUUAGUCAAUGAUAUUGUUAUGUCCUUAUAGUAACGAAAAUUGUAUGCGCGACGCGUUGCCCACCAUGAACGAUGCAUCAUCCGCGACUAUUUAUACAUCAGCCGUUUUCUGCAAGUUGCGGAAAUCAGCCGCGUUUCGCAGGCGACUAAUGCA